AUGCGUAUUGUUCAAAUAUUUGAGGAUGCAAGUGAAUUUGGUGAUGAUAUUGGGAGUACGUGUGUAUGUCAUCGAAGUGAAUAUCUAAACUUACUUACACCAACAUCCUCAAAUAUUAAACAGGCAAUUGAUGCUCCAAGAUUACAUUCACAAUUAUUACCAGAAGAAGUUUUAGCUGAACAAGGUUUUAAUCAAACCAUUCUAGAAGAACUGAGAAAACUUGGUCAUAAUAUUCAGUGUGGUAUGUAUGGAGGAUCAAUUGUACAAGGUAUUGAAUGGAGAAAACAAGAAAAUCAAUUAUGGGCUUGUGGUGAUGUACGAAAAAAUGGUGCACCAAGUGGAAUAUAA